GGUUGUACUGACACUCCAAAUUGCACGUUGGCCUUCGUGGAAAAAUCCCAAUCACAUAAACUAAUGCAGCUCCUCCUUUUCUCCUUUGGUUAGAACCAAAACCACCAUUAAUACAGAGCAUAUCUUAGCUUCGCUUCAAAUUGCCAUGAGAGCCCUCUAUUCAAAAUUCAUUUGACUCUUAUUCUCUCUCUCUCUUUCUCUCUCUCUUCAAAGCCAUGGCAAGCACAAGCACAGUAAUGCCAUUUUCAAAGCUGAAUAAUAAGUAUCUUUUUCUCUGCCCUUCAUCGCAAAGAGGCAUACAGAAGAAUAAUAUUAGUACUCCACCAUCACUGAAUUUCAGUCAAGUAGUACUUGGUCGUAAACCAAACAAACUUUAUGGUAUAAACUCAAAUAGCAGGUUUGCUGUAUUUUCUCGUUUCAAUGACCCAAUUGACGAAAAAAGCCUCGUACUCGACGAUGGUGUCUCUAUUUCCUCCAACAAUGGUAGUUCCCAGCUACAAGUUCAUUCAAGUAUGUGGAAGUGGAGGGGUUAUUCAAUCCGGUAUCAGCAUGCAGGAACCAGUGGCCCUGCAUUAGUAUUGAUUCAUGGUUUUGGAGCUAACAGUGAUCACUGGAGGAAAAACAUUUCAGUUCUUGCAAAAUCGCAUAGGGUAUACUCAAUUGAUCUAAUUGGUUAUGGAUAUUCAGAAAAACCAAAUCCUCGUCAAUUUGGGGACACCUCGUUCUACACGUUCGAGACUUGGGCAACCCAACUAAACGAGUUCUGUAAAGAAGUGGUUAAGAAUGAAGCAUUCUUUAUUUGCAACUCUAUUGGAGGAGUUGUUGGUCUUCAGGCUGAAAUUAUGGAACCGAGUAUCUGUAAGGGAAUAAUGCUUUUAAAUAUAUCUCUUAGAAUGCUUCAUAUUAAAAAGCAGCCAUGGUUUGCAAGACCUUUUAUAAGAUCAUUUCAGAAUUUGUUGAGAAAUACAGCCAUCGGUCAGUACUUCUUCAAAACCGUUGCCACUCCAGAAGCAGUGAGGAAUAUCCUCAGCCAGUGCUACCAUGAUACUUCCCAAGUGACAGAUGAAUUAGUUCAAAGCAUCCUUCUCCCGGGACUCGAGCCUGGCGCUCGAGAUGUGUUUCUCGAGUUUAUUUGCUAUUCAGGCGGCCCUCUUCCAGAGGAAUUAUUGCCUCGAGUGAAGUGUCCUGUUUUAAUAGGAUGGGGAGAUAAAGAUCCAUGGGAACCUAUUGAACUUGGAAGAGCGUAUAAGAAUUUUGAUUCUGUGGAAGACUUUGUUGUCCUUCCAAAUGUUGGCCAUUGUCCUCAGGAUGAAGCACCUAACCUUGUAAACCCUCUUGUGAAGUCAUUUGUGGCACGCCAUGCUACGUCUUCAACCGCAAAUCUUGCAUCAAAAACAGCCUCAUCAUAGCUUGUUCGCUUCUUCAAAAAUCAUUUUAAGCCCUAAAUAUAGGUUGUGUUAGUGUGGAUCUUAAACACCCUUGGUUUAGGGCUCUAUAACUCUAAAUGUCUAGCCAUAAUAUUAGAUGCAACACCUUGUAAACUUUAUCAUACAUUUUCUCUUUAUAGGAAUGAAAUGUGGGAAAUUUACAAUUA